AUGUGGGGUGGGCUGGAGUUUUUUGUUUCCAUUGAAGUGCUCGUGUCCUUCUCUAUCCCUCCUUCCCUGUGCCGCGAUGGCGCGACAUCGGUGACGUCAGCGUCUGGCGAUAAGGCGCUGGCGGUCAAGCGAGCUGGCAACCCGACGGUGCGGCGGCUGCACUUCACGCGAGAACGGCGACUCACCUCUGUCUUUGCUUUCCCCAAUGCGACCUUGUUCUUGCAGGUGCUCUUUUCCUCUGGCAACAAAGUGCACCUCAUUACUCCAUGGGACAAGGAGGACACAACGACAAUUCUCAAGUCCUUUGGCUGGGUGAGCUUCCUCGCCGAUGCCAGGCAUGUGUCGGUGGUCCCAGGCUCUUCGCAGUUCGGCUUCAGCAGCCUUGGCGUGGACCCUGCAGACUACACCCGUGUCGUCCUCGUCGUCGAUGACGCGUCGCGCUGGAGCAGCGCAACGACACUGCAACUCAUUGAAGUGCGUCACACGAGUGAGGGACAGGACGUGGCUGAUUCUAUGGAGCUGUUGUACGCUCUCUCGCGCUGCAUUCUCUUCUCUGAGUGGUACCUGCGCUACCCUUCCUCGUGUAUUAGCAGCUGCACAGCGCUCAGCAACACCACCGUCUUUGCCUUCUGCCGCUUCUUCCUCAACGGCCCUAGGCCGGAUGUGGAGUUGAUGCAGCUAAUCUGCUACCACGGCGGUCGCAUUGUGCGCUCCGCGACAGAGGCUACCCACGUCCUCAUUCUCCCACCACCACCGUCCGAACACGGUACGUCUUCAAGCGCGUCUUCCUCUUCAACUGCGUCGUCCUCCACUUCUGCUUCGGUCGACGACAGUGGCAGCGAGGGCGAGAGGUCAGACUCUCUGGUCGAUAGCACGGACGCGGACACCAGCGACGAGGAAUGCGGAAACGAUACGUCUGUGCCACCUCAGAAAAGUGGAGAACGGCCUGUCGGCGAUAGCGGUGCGCGUCGUGGAUCUCUUGAUGCGCCAGUGUCGGACACAGGCGCUACAGCUUCUCUGCCUGCGCCGCGACCCUCUGCAGCGUCGCCGCAGCGACCCGUAGCUGGAUGCAGCUCCGAGGCUCUUGUUGCUGCAACUCAGUUGUCCUCAGUGGCAUCGUUGCCUGCCACAAACGUUCCUUCCCAGACUGUAAUGGUGACACCGUCGUGGGUGUAUCGGUGUGUUCGAGGGCUGCGGCUGGUCCCCAUCGAAUGUGAGCAGGCAACUGCUGCGCCGGGCGCUGGCGAAGAGGAGGAGGAGGGACAAGGGAAGCUAGAGGGCGGCAGCAAGACAGAGGUGGUACGGACGACGGGUGCGCUUCUUUGUGCGCUUCUGCCCCCCGCUGAUGCUAGGCCGCUGCUUUGGACAACACUUCAUUCCAUUGCCUCUCAGCAUGGCUAUGACACAGCUGCGCUUGUGCUGGGCACUGCAGCAGCUGUGCCCCUCAAGACUGUGACGGCUGCAUGUGUCUUGGAAGCCUUGACGAGCCGCGUGUACAGCGACGUCGUUGAGGUACGAUUGCAGCCACUGCCGGUGGCAGGCAAGUCGACCGAUGCGUCCUCGAUAUCGUCCCGCUCACGUGGCGUGCCUGUCACGCGGCGCACGUUGGAUUCGCUGAGACUCUCUACCGGUUCUUCAGAGUUGGGUCGCAUCGCACUGCACCGCUUUGAGCGGCGGCGCGACAAGGAGGCCGUCUUUUCGCAUUUGCAGCUCGUUGCCUCACAGUUCCUCUACUCCUUCGACUACGUGCAGCGGCAACGGUCGCAGGCGCUGCACUGCUACGCAGGCACUCAGACCAGCGGCAUGCGACACGCCUCCAUGGGCACUAUGACCGAGGCGCAGCCGCCGCCGGCCUCAUCACUGCUGGCUGCAGACAAGCAGCUGGUGGAGUCAAAAGAGGCCGCUGCCGUGGUUACGAGCGAUACCCGGCUCGAAGAGCGGGAGUCAGCCUCCUUGUCGGCGAUGACGGUGGCGGCAAAGGCUGCAGAGUCGUCCACAGGUGACGCGGCCGGCGCUGUGGGUGAGGGUGAGUGGCGCCAUCAUUUGAGGAACGUCGAGGGGAAGCUGCUCAUAUCGCACAUACACGCAAAUCAGAUGCGUGACGAGGAGGCGGAGAAGCGGUCCAGGGAUGGCGGCCGACAUACUUACGGCGCCGACGAUGCCGAGGACCCCACAAAGUCCGUUCGGGCACUCACGGCGCAGUUAAUUGAACACACAGAGAAGACCGAGGUGUCGACCAUCAUGAUAGAGGAGGAUUUUACGCUGGCUCCGCCGUGCUCACCGAAGAUUGUGACGGAGAGCUCCCGCGACGAAGCACCGCUUGCUCGCCCACCACUGGCACCGUCUCUAUUAAAGCCCCCCUCUUCGCUGCUGCCGCUGCCGCCCAUGGCGAAGCUGAUCAACGACGGACGUGGCAAGGCGGACGCCUCGCUCACAGAAUUCACCGCGUGCUUUAUCCCGACCUCGGUCCUGACGACGGAGCAGCAGUAUGACUUUUACGUCUUCUUGUGCUCGCUCCCACUCUUCGACACAGCGGAGCUCGGCAACAGCGUCGUUCGUGUCGCAGACGGCGUGCGGUGCCAGUUUGCUAACCACAAAGGUGCGAAUGAUUUUCUGCGCAUCGAGUUCAUUGAAUUUCUUUCCCUGCGCCUUCCCAUUUUCCCCGCCACGGAGGACUCGCUGGAUGUGGAGGAUCUGCAGAAGACGAUUAUGGAUUUCCCUUUUCUUCAUCUGCCAACUACGCCGGAGGUAUCGCAUGAGGAGGCGAAGUCACUAUGGACGGCACCUGUGCAGCCUGAGGCUACAGCGUUCGCCUCAUCACCGGCAGCGCGUCUGCGAACCUCGUAUUCCAGUGAUAUGAGCAGGUAUCCGCGUCGCCGCGAGACACGUUCACUGUCUGCGGGCUCGAGGUCACCAGCAAAUCGUGGAAGCGACUCCUCUCGUGCAUCUCACGCGAGGCCGCAUAUUCCCCAGAGCGAUCCUCGCACCGACAGUCGGUGGAAGCGUGAUCGCGACGACGGCAACGAAAAGGAACCACCGCUGCCCGCCGAUCAUUACCGCCAGUGCGACCGGAACCGCGGUGACGUUCACCACGGGUCUUCCUCGCGCUGUGCAGAGUCCUCGUCCUCUUCUCAUCGCCACCAUCGCUGCUACGACCACGGUGACCGCCAUCUUUCUUCACGAGACGACCCGGAUCGCAACUUGCGUAGCAGCGAGCGUCAUCGAUUGCACAGUCGACGCGAGCGGCGGUAG